CGGUCACACAAAAAAUAUAUCAACUUCUGAGUUAUUCUUGUGUUUAUAAAUAUGGAUAAUAAUGAUACAGUAACAACUGAAAAUUCCGCUCAGCAGUCUAUUGCUUUGAGGCGGGAAUUGCGCAGAAAGAAAAUAUUGGAAGCCUCUAAGUCACGACUCGACAAAUUAAAUGGCAGAGCUUCAGCGAUACAGAAGGAAAACUUCGUCGAUGAACCUACGAACAUCCAGUAUUCUGACCCAGAGGUGGAGCCGGAUAUUCCCAUCAAACGCUCAUUUUUUGCGGACCAGCCUGCUCCCCAGCCAGUCAGUGCUCCCAGUGUCUUGCUGAAGAGCCGCGUUCACAUUAUUUUGGCGGCUUGCGUUGGCUUCGUGCUGGCGCUGUACACCAACAGCAGCGUUUUCUUUCCGGUGCUGCUCUUUGUAAUAUUAGAACUUGGAUUUCUGCAGUAUUACAAACGCGAAAACUUACCGCCCAGCAUGGGACCCAUGUUACUUAUGUUCAUUAAUCCCAAUAUUACCAACAAAAUUAAGCAAUUUAGCAGUGUAUUUCUGAUCCUGCAAUCUCUCUUGGGAGAUCUUGCUAUCACUGUCUGCGUGGUUUGCUCAGGAAGCUUGUUAUUGUUGAAUUUUAACUCCGAUUUUGUUACCGUGUUGAAAUAAAGAAUAUUUUUAUAAA